UAUUACUCAGCUUACUCCCAUUUUUCAAAUAUGUCAAACCUAGAAACUCAGCUUCAAUCCCCUCAAAAUGAACAUAAUACCCCCCCUAUGGUUAUUAGUGAGGUAGUACAAGAAACACCCUCUCCUACCAAAAACCAAAACCACCAUUCCCAACGACACCACAUCACCUCCCUCAACACUGACGUCACCAUCCAACAACUCCCCUCCCAAGGACUUUCCUUCCAACUAUGGCCCGCCGCCACCACCUUUUUCUCUCUCCUCGACACGCGCCUCCUUGAUAAAUACCUUCCCAACACGUGCCGUCGCCUUCGCAUCCUCGAACUCGGAUCUGGUACUGGCCUUGUCGGAAUAUCCGCCGCCGUCAUCCUCGGAGCUGAAGUCACCGUCACGGACCUCCCUCACGUGAUCCCUAACCUCGAGUUUAACGUUUCUGCAAACGCUGAUGUCAUAGCCGCGCGUGGGGGGGCCGUUGUAGCGAAGGAGCUUAGUUGGGGAAAUGUGGAUCAAAUGGUGGCGGUUGGAAGGGAGUACGAUGUUAUCAUGGGGUCUGAUGUAGUGUAUCAUGAUCAUCUUUAUGAUCCAUUGUUGGAAACUUUGAAGUGUUUGGUGGUGGGAGGAGGGAUGUUUUUGAUGGCGCAUCUAAAGAGGUGGAAGAAAGAAGCGGCGUUUUUUAAGAAGGCUAGAAAGUUUUUUGAUGUUGAUGUGAUUCAUCGUGAUAAUCCGUCUGAUGGAGUGCGAGUUGGUGUUAUGGUGUACCGCUUUGUACCUAAACAACGCCCUUGUACUGUGUCUGUCUCCAGUAGUUAGUUUUUGCUUUUCUUUAUGGUGUUAAUUUGUAGAGGAAAAUGAUGUUAUACAUUAAUUGUAAACCUUUUUUGAAAAGAAGGCCUUUGUGUGCUCACUUGAAAAUGAAUUCAUUGAAUCUUAAACCCUCAAUAAUUAUCUAUUUGAUUUUUGGGAAAUUUCAUAGCUUUUAGUUUUCCUGAAACAUUAGUAUUUUUGUAAAAUUUUUUCACAUGGUAGCAUCCAGCUUAUAUACUAUCUAACUGUUGUAGCAUUUUCUGUUAAAUUU